CCAGGUCCAUACUUUCCGUGUCUCCCUCAUCUGCAGAGAGUUUGGAAUCCAUAAAAGCAGAGGGGAUUUCACAAGAAAUGUUGCCGUCCACUUGAGGUGCAACAGGUCUGCACUUCUUUUAUGAGCGCUCAGCAAUGACCGGACCGCCCCAUGAAGUGAUUUCAUGUUGAGGCACUUUUGCUUUUAAACUUUACUCGUGCUCGAUUCGGGUUGGAUGGAGUUUUCUGAGCACAUCAAGACCGCCAAUGUUGAAGAUGUUGUGCUUCAGCAGCCUCUGCACCCUCCCAGCAAGGGCACCCUGUGCAUCACCGGCCACCACCUGCUGUUCUCGGACAGAGAGGACAGUGGUCGGCAGGUUUUGCUGCUGCUUAGAAAUAUUGACGCUGUUGAGAAAAGUGUGGAAAACCUUUUGACCUACUUCGGCCUCUUUUCUAAUGCCGGCCGCAGUGACAGGGCUACAGAAUCUUCAGGGACCAUCAUCAUCAAGUGUAAAGAUUUGCGUGUGAUCCAGCUUGACAUCCCAGGCAUGGAGCAGUGUCUUAACAUUGCGCAAUCUAUUGAGACCCUGUCCUGUUUGGACUGUGUGGUGGAGAUGUACCCGUUUUUUUACCGUCCCCCCGAUGCCAGCCUAAAGGACCAGUGGGGUCUCUCAAGCAGUGAAAGAUAUUACACUGAAAUGGAGGAGCUUCAUGAAAGAUGGAGACUGACCACUGUGAACCAAGACUACUCAGUGUGCCCCUCUUACCCUCCGGCUGUCAUUGUCCCCAGGGCGCUUGGUGAUGAUGCAAUUAAAAAGGUGGCCAAAUUUAGACAGGGGAGACGCUUCCCUGUCCUCUGCUACUACCACAGGAAAAAUGGCAUGGUAAUUUUGCGCAGCGGUCAGCCCCUGACGGGGGCCAAUCGGAAGCGCUGCAUCGAAGAUGAGCUUCUCCUGCAGACUGUGAUUGAGGGCUCAGACAAAGGUUAUAUUAUCGACACACGCUCAGCUCAGCAGGCACAGCAGGCCAGAAUGUUGGGUGGCGGGUUUGAGUCCAAAUCAUCCUACAGCCAAUGGAAGAGACUACAUAGACACAUGGAAAGGGGUAAACCACUCCAGGAGAGUCUAAUCAAACUGGUGGAGGCCUGUGGUGACAAGUCCCCUAGUAUGGACCGCUGGCUCAGUAAGCUAGAAAAUUCCAAGUGGUUAUCACAUGUUCAAACUGCUCUGUCAACUGCUGGGCUGCUGGCAGAAUGUGUGGAGAGGGAUGGUCACUCAGUUUUAGUUCACGGCUCUGAGGGGACAGACUCCACACUGCUUAUUAGCACUCUUGCGCAACUCAUUAUGGACCCAAGUUGUCGAACACUGGAAGGCUUUCUGAGACUUCUAGAGAGGGAGUUUGUAGAGGCAGGACACCCAUUCCAGCAGCGAUGCUCCCACUCAGCCUUCUCCCAUGCUCGUCUCCAGCAGGAAUGUCCAGUGUUUUUGUUGCUGCUGGACUGUGUGUGGCAGUUAUGGUGCCAAUUCCCCCUCGCCCUUGGCUUCUCUGAGGCACUGCUCCUCAGGCUGGCUACUGAAGCCUAUGCCUCAGACUACGGCACUUUUCUAUGUAACAGUGAUAAAGAACGCUGUGCUCUUCAAGUGAAGGAAAAGACACAUUGUUUGUUUAGGGCCCUGCUGAAGCCAAGGGAAAGAGAACAGUACACCAACCCACUAUAUGAGCCUAAUGAGCUGGCCAUUUGGCCUUCAGUCCACCCACAAUCCUUACAACUAUGGAAAGGCUUUUUCCUAAGGUGGACCUCACAAACUCAUCACCUUGAAUUGGUCCAGGAGGAAAUAAGGAACAUGGUCAUUGAAUGGGGAAAGCUGGCACUCACCUGACGACUGUUUGUCAAUAAAGAAGCAAUCAGAAACAGUGUGAUAAACUGUUUUUAAUGUAUAAUGUGUUUCAUUGACACUUUCCCUUAAUUUAAUUCUUUGCCUGCCAUUAAUGGUGCAAGACAUUCAAUCUAUUUUGUUUGGGAGGGCUGGUAGCGAUCCUUCGAUUGCUGCCAGGCCCCAGUCAAACUAGAUUGGACGUCUAGUGCCAUCAAUGGCAAUAAAAUA